GUUGUUGUUGACAAAGCUGUGUCCGGCAGGCUGUUGCGAGCGGCGCGCGCGACCAUCGUCCGCGGUCGACACUCGCGCGUUCACUACCGAUACCGCAGCAUGAAACAAACGCUCGUAAAACUAAAGUGAAAUUAUUUUCAGUUGAAAUCAUGGCAUUUAUCAACAUUAAAUCUUUUGAUGUGAUCCCGGUGCGAGUUAACUUAUGGCUUAUGAUUUUUACUGCUUGUUGGGUCAUUUAUAUGUUAAGGGUAAAUAUGAGUUUAAAUCUCAUAGCCAUGGUUCCGGAACAGUCGAAAACCAAUACUGCAAGGCUGUCUCAAUGUAGUGAAAAUAAACCUGUGAGAAGUACUAAUUACGAGAAUGAAAAUAUUACAGCUGAUGUCGGAGUAGUCCUCACUCGUGUAAAAGAUGAACGCUUUAAUUGGUCAGCUGAUCAGCAGGCAAACAUCUUGGGCGCCUAUUUUUGGUGCUAUCCUAUUACAUCACUGAUUGGCGGGAUGGCUGCCGAACGAUGGGGUCCGAGAUAUGUAGUCCUUAUAUCAUCGCUAGCUAGUGGGGUUUUAACCGCCUUAAGUCCAGUAGCAGCUCGAAUGGGAAAUGUUGCUCUCGUCAUUGUAAGGUUUUGGCUUGGAUUCGCAGGCGGCUUUAUAUAUCCUGCUCUUCAUGUUUUGGUAGCAAGAUGGGCACCACCAGCGGAGAAAGGCAAAUUUAUAAGUGCAAUGAUGGGUGGCACAUUGGGCACUGUAGCCACUUGGUCGCUCACGGGACCUCUCAUGGAAAAAUACGGAUGGGCUUCAGCGUUUUACCUACCGGCUGCACUCACGUUUGUUUGGUGUGCCUUAUGGUGGUAUCUCGUUGCUGAUAAACCGAAUGAGCACCCAAGAAUAAGUGAUUCUGAAAAGAAAUAUAUAAAUGAUGCACUUGGUGACAAAGUACAGGAUUCAAAGGGUCUACCCCCGUUUAAGAAGAUUUGCACGUCUCUCCCGUUUCUGGCAAUGGUUGUGUUGCAUUACGGAAAUCUGUGGGGCUUAUACUUCAUAAUGACUGUUGGACCAAAAUUUGUUUCAAGUGUACUGGGAUUUGAACUGAAAGCAGCCGGUGUGAUAUCGGCUCUGCCAUAUUUAGCAAGAUUGUUAUUCGCAACGAUGUUUGGAGCCAUCGGAGACUGUAUAUUGGCACGAAAGUUGAUGAGAACCACAAUAAUAAGAAAAUUUUUUUGCUUAUUCUCUCACAUCAUACCUGGAGUGUUUUUAAUUUUAAUGAUGUAUUCAGGAUGCUCCACCGCUUUGUCAGUGGCGUUAAUCACUUUAUCUAUGGGAUUCAACGGGGCGGCAACUUUGACUAAUCUACAAAACCACCAGGACUUGGCACCAAAUUACGCGGGCACCCUGUACGGCAUUGCCAACUUUGUCGGAAGUACAGCGGGCUUCGUAACUCCUCUUAUAACUGCGUAUUUUACAAGAAAUGGGGAUGACUUCGAUCAUUGGCGCCCGGUAUUUUACGUUGGUGCUUCAGUAUAUAUAGUUUCUGCCAUCUUCUUCAUUCUGUUUGGAUCUGGAAAAACCCAAUCAUGGAAUUAUGCAGUUAAGCCCGUAGAAGAAAAUAGGGGUAAUGAUUUGAAAGACAUGAGUAAUGCGCCCAAAAAUGGCAAAGCAAGAGAGACUAAAGAAACACCUAUAAGCGUCAGCGGUGCCUAAAUUUGUUUUAAUUAAUUAAUUUAUUAAAUUAUUAUAUUGAAAUGGCAUUGUAAUUAUUGUUUUGACUACAUUACUCUUACAAGGAGUAAUAAAAUUAUUAAAACAAACACUAAUUAGUAUAUGACAUAUGCAGAAGUUUAACUGAAAUGUGUAAAUUAUUAUAUUGAAAUUGCAUUGUAAUUAUUGUUUUGACUACAUUACUCUUACAAGGAGUAAUAAAAUUAUUAAAACAAACACUAAUUAGUAUAUGACAUAUGCAGAAGUUUAACUGAAAUGUGUAAAUUAUUAUAUUGAAAUGGCAUUGUAAUUAUUGUUUUGACUACAUUACUCUUACAAGGAGUAAUAAAAUUAUUAAAACAAACACUAAUUAGUAUAUGACAUAUGCAGAAGUUUAACUGAAAUGUGUAAAUUAUUAUAUUGAAAUUGCAUUGUAAUUAUUGUUUUGACUACAAUAACUAAAAUAAAUAAUUUUAUUACAAGGAGUAAUAAAAUUAUUAAAACAAACACUAAUUAGUAUAUGACAUAUGCAGAAGUUUAACUAAAAAGUGUAAAUUAUUAUAUUGAAAUGGCAUUCUAAUUAUUAUUUGACUACAAUAACUCUUACAAGGAGUAAUAAAAUUAUUAAAACAAAAACUAAUUAAUAUAUGACAUAUGCAGAAGUUUAACUGAAAUGUGUAAAUUAUUAUAUUGAAAUGACAUUGUAAUUUUUUAUUUUGACUACAUUACUCUUACAAGGAGUAAUAAAAUUAUUAAAACAAACACUAAUUAAUAUAUGACAUAUGCAGAAGGAUAACCGAAAAGUGUAACUUUAGCAUUGACUUAAUACAAAAGUCACAAUAAACUUUCCAUUGAAUAUACUAUUGUAAACUACAAUAAUUUAUAAUAUUAAUCAGGACUAUUGUUACUAUUAUAUCGAGAUUACUUUUCAUAUUUAGUUGCUAUUGAACCACUGUCACACAGUGAAGAAGUUUCAAUGUUGAACAAAAAAAAUAUUUCAGAGAACGAAUCAAACAUCUUCAAGAAUUAUUAAAAUAUCUGUAAAAGUGAAUAAGUAACGCGGCUUUUAAUUUUCUUAUGGUUUGUGACGUCAUUUCACCUAUUUCUUCCUACACAAGGCGACUAGUAUUAUUAGUUAAAUAAUUACUUACAAUUUAAUUGGUCUUCCAGAAAACAUUCUUUGUUAAAAACUUGACAAUUACUAAGAAUUAAAAUACUAAAAUUAGGUUUGUUGUAUUUUGUAGUGGAGUCGUGUAAAGUUACCAGUUACCAGUGGGAGACUCAUAUGCACAGGAUGCUGGCUAGAUUAUGGGUUCUGAAGGGCGCCGUAGCUGUGAAAUUAAUGGGCAAAUGAGACUUAACAUUUUAUGUCUCAAGGUGACGAGCGCAAUUUUAGUGCCGCUCAGAAUUUUAUGGGUUUCGCAAGAAUCCUGAGUGGCACUGCAUUGUAAUGGGCAGAGCGUAUUAAUUACCAUCAGCUGAACGUCCUGCUCGUCUCGUCCCUUAAAGUCAUAAAAAAAGAAGUUCAUGACAUGUUUUUAUUUUAUUGUUGUGGGUAAAUAAUUGUAAACGUAAAACUAGUCCAUGUACGUCAGGAAUACCAACGUAUGCCCUUUGAGAUGCGUUGCCACUCCUUAGGGAGUAUGCUUCUCUAAUUGGUAUCAGUUCGGGAUAACUAUUUGAAUAUAGUACAAAUCGAUAUCGAAUAGUUAUGAAUUUUUUGUAUGCUGAAAUAAAAACUGCAAAAUCUCAUAAUUGUUUAAGAAUAUGCGGAUAUCGAAAAUAAAACCAAAUAGUGCAGAAGUAUGAUUCUCUCGACUAGUUGAAAUGACGUCAUAGGUGAAUUGGAUAAAAAAAAAUACUAAAAUUAACAAUUAAAAUUAAACUAAAAAAAUGCUAAAAUACUAAAUUCAAUUUAACUACUUUUCAAAAGCUUAUUAAUGGAUUAUAUUUUUUUUUCUGUAUUUUAACGGUUAAUCUAUAUGACAAUACCUUUUAUUGAAUAUUAAUUAUCAAUACUAAGUACUUACAGUAAUCUACUCUAUAACGCGCCUUAUAAAAUGUUACGCGAUUUCAAUCCUCUAUAUAACGGGGGAUUUCCCACAGUCAUAUUUCUGUACUGUGAAAUAUUAUAAUGAUUUAUACAGUUCAUAAGUAGCUUCGCGUAACUUUUCACGUGUGUCAAUUGCGUUAAUGCAAAAUUGAAUUAUUUUAUUAAAUUUGUGAAAACCUUAAUAAAAUAAGAAAAUUAGGCAAACAAUUGGAAAUUCUUGUUACGAAUUGUGAUUAAUCAUUAUUACGAGUUCGUAAAAACGCUUUAUUGCGGAUGAAUCGUAUAACGCGUUUUCAUAUAAUGCGGAACCACUGUACCGCGUUAUAUGGAGAAUUAUCUGUAAUGUCUUCAGCAUUAACACUACCAAAUAACAAGCGAAAUAAUAGAAAUUUAAACAAAUUAAAAAUUCCCCGAACAAGUAUGUCAUUAGUGUCAUCGAGCCCUCACCACAUGGCAAUAAAAAUUUAUAAUCACAUCCCAAACGAAAUUAAAAAUAAAGAGAAGCCUCCUCUAUUUAAAAGACAUCUUAAAAAAUUUUUAGUUUCAAAAUGCUUCUAUGAUUUACCCGAAUUUUUUAAUUACAAGUGUGAGAAUAAGUUACAAUAUAGUAUAAGAAUGUAUAAAAUGUAUAAGACUUAUUUAUUUUAUGUAUAACGUUGCUGUGCCCUUGCAGGACGUCACAUAUUGUGUACCCAUUAAUGUACCAACCAUCCUACUGUAAAAUGUGACUUGCAAUAAAAUAUUUUGAUUUAAUUUGAUUUGAAACUUCUCCAUUGGAUAAAGUGGACAUAUACAUUUUAUAGUAGUUAUAUAACUGUGAUGUGCAUUGCCAAAUAUGUAAUAUUUAUUAAUUCGAGAUUUAUAUUGAUCAAUAAUCUCUACAAGAAUCUCGUUUCUUACAAGGUAUCAGUAUUAUCACAAUUAAAUAUUGUUUGUAUAAAUUAAGCUCUCAUUUUUUUUGCAUUUACUUUUAGAUAAUGGUUUUAUUGUAAUACGAAAAGUUAAUGUAACUAUUGUGCUGACAUAUGUAAAAUAAACAAACAAUUUAAAUAA